AUGCGGCGGCGCUCCGGACUCGGGAGAGACUCGGGAGACCUGUUGGCCGCGGAGAAGCGGUGCUCCCGCGGCGCAGAGGCGGGCGUCGAGGCCGCGGGCACGGGGUGGCUGCGAGCGGCUCCCCGGGCCUGCCGAGCCCUGGUGCGGCUCUCGGCCCACCCUCGCCAGCCCCGCGGAGCCGGGCGGCCUCCGGCCUCGAGGCGCUUCUCUCUGCUCCUCUCCAUCUUCCUCAAAGGCAAAUCGCCUCCCGAGGGUGAUUUCCUUUCCCUUCUCGAAGUCAGCGUGAGGAGAGUGGAAAGCGCAGCCCCACGCGAGGCACUGCGGGGCAGGAGGAUCUGGAAUAAGCCCCUCGAUGGAGCUCCUCAGCGGAGCGCCGGGCUGGUCCCCAGGCUACCCGCGCUUACUCCCUACACCGAGUUCCUGCUUCCUCAUGCCGAGCCGCUCUCCCAGCGGCGGCCCCGGGGAGGGGAGUCGGCCCCGGCCCUCGGGUGCCUUCGACCGGGCGCCCUGGCCUGGCUCCCCGCCCGGGCCCGGGUCGCGCAUGCGGCAGGGUCGGGCCACCGGGACUUGGGCUCCUCUCCUCGAGCUAGGCCCGGCGGGGCCGGGAUCGGGGGCCAGGCUUGGAUCCCUCCUCCGGCCUGCUCUCGCCCCAUCGGGAGGAAGCCGAGGGAGGCGAAGAUACCGGGCCGGGGCCUGGAGAGAGGCUCCCGCGAGGCCUGCCAGGCCACCCCCAGCAGGCUCCCCAGGCCUGGCGCGGCUCCCCGGCCCGGCGCCCGCGUUCUGGCGGCGGAAGGGCGGACCGCGGGCGCUUCCGGUCCCCGCACUCCGGGCGCUGGUUUUGUACGACCGCCGCCGGACUCUGGGCCCGGCCCCGCGAGGCGCAGAGGCUCGCAGGGCCUCGCCUUCCCCCGCGCGCCGGCCGACCGGCCCGGGACGGCGGGUCCGAGCACAUGCCGUCCUCCUCGUGGGCAGGGCGAGCGGCGUUCGGUCGAUAAUGUUCAAACACCGAAGCAGUACGCUGAGAAGGCACAUAAAAUCAAGACUUCAGCACUAAUGCUUCCAUCGUAUUGUUCUGGAAUAGAGCCACAAGUCAGGAAAUGGAGCACAGCAAGGAUCCUUCCUCAUCUUUACUACCAGUUGAUGAUCUUGGUUUGCUAUUUCAUCGGGAAGAUAGAAGCCAUCAGAACUUGCGCACACUCCCGCUACCAAGUCCAUUCACCUACCUGCGCCUGUGCCCAGUGUUAAAAUCAAAUACAAAAUGGAGAUUGGUCUUGGAAAUUCCUUCAGCAGACAAAACCAUUUAAGCCACCUAAGCAAAAUUAAACCUAGCUUUUGAACGUAAGCGAAACUUAACUUAGGUUAUUUCUUGUAAAUGUCUCUGAUCGUCGUAAAAGAAACCUGGUCAUCUUCCUAAAAUGGUAUGAGAUACUCACUUCUAACCAAUCCCUUGCUGACCAGAAACCCCAGUUGUAAUAACCAAUCAUUGUAAAGGUUAAACAACUUCUUGAUUCCUUAUAAGCCACUCUGUAAUGUCAUGACCCUGAGUUUCAUAUCAGUUUUGAAUUUGGCAGCUCCUAGUUUGUGAACUGUUUUUAAAUGCAUA